AUGGGAAGAAACAGGUUUCAGCUUCUUUUGAGAACUAUACACUUUGUUGAUAAUGAGGGUGUUCCCGAGGAUGGUAAAACAGACAAGCUGUGGAAAAUUCGACCAUUUCUCAAGAUGUUUCGGGAGCAGUGUCUUCUGGUCACUCCUGAAGAGAACCAGGCAGUUGAUGAAAUGAUGGUUCCUUUCAAGGGUCAAUACAGCCACAUCAAACAAUACAUCCGUGGCAAACCCAAUCCCUGGGAAUUCAAGAUUUGGUGUCGUUGUAGUAAAAGUGGCAUACUUCAUGAUUUUGAAGUUUAUCAAGGUAAAACUGGGACAAACCGCGACAAAAGUGCCCUUGGUGUUGCCGGUGAAGUUGUGAGCAAAUUGAGUGACACACUUCCGUCCCAUAAAAACUACAAACUCUUUGCCGACAAUCUAUUUACUUCUGUUGGGCUGCUGGAGAAACUGCAGCAGACUGGGUUUCAGUAUACGGGAACCGUCAGAGCAAACCGCCUGCAUGGAUGUAGUUUGAAAAGCGAGAAAGAACUUUCUAAACUGGGUCGUGGCACAUCCGACUAUAGGGUUGAACAGGACACUAACAUCAUAUGUGUUCGUUGGCAUGACACAAAGGCGGUGACCUUGAUGUCCACUUGUGUUGGUACGCUUCCCCUUGACACUGCUAAGCGAUGGGACAAAGCUCAGAAGGAGUACAGAGAUGUAUCUAGGCCUCUCAUUAUAAAGGAGUAUAACAGCAACAUGGGCGGAAUUGACUUGUUAGAUUCUUGCGUAGUACGCUACAAGUUUCAGUUGAAGUCACGAAGGUGGUACAUGUACCUCUUUUUGCACUUCAUUCACCUGGCAGUUGUUAAUGGGUGGUUUUUUUACCGACGUGACUGUCAAAUGCUUGGCUUAGAGAAACCACUCAUCCUCAGAAGGUUCCAAGCACAGAUUGCAACUGGAUUGAUUCAGGUUAACACCACCAAGAAGCGGGGCCGUCCACCACUGGACAGACCAGAAAGCCCAACUUUGCAGCCAAAGAGAGUUCGGAUUCCCCCAAGUCGAGAUGCGCGCAAGGACCAGUUUGCCCACUUGCCCAUCAAAAUUGACAAACGACGCCGCUGUGCCAUCUGUCAGAUUACAACCAACACUCACUGUGAAAAAUGUAACGUUUCUAUUUCCUUCACUGAAAACAGGAACUGUUUCAGGGAAUACCAUGUUUAG